UUGGAAAACGAGGAAAAAGGCCCGGAACAUGCUGAUCCUAUAUCGAAAGAGAAGAACUUCAUUUUUUUGAGGAUUCCUGUUUUGAGAGAGUACCUCGAAAGAGACCUUACCAUGGAAAAUUUACCUUUCAAAUAUGACUUUGAACGGGUCAUAGACGAUUGGGUUUUCCUUUGCUUCUUUGUUGGUAAUGACUUCCUUCCCCAUCUUCCGUCGCUGGAAAUUCGGGAAGGUGCCAUCGAUCGUUUGAUUAAAUUGUAUAAGGAUAUGGUUUACAGCAUGAAAGGGUAUUUGACCAAGGAUGGCGAUGUUUACAUGGAUCGCGUAGAGCGUAUUAUGCUGGGACUUGGAGAAGUAGAAGAUGAAAUAUUCAAGCGUCGUCAGCAAGAUGAGGAGCGUUUUAAAGCUAUACGGAAAGCGAAGAAGGCUCGACUAAGUGGCGGACGUCGCCCACAAGCACCUUCCUACGUACCUCAAUCUGGCUCACUCAUUGCUCCCUUGUCGAGAGCCACCCCUUUGAGUGGUGAGACAACGCGCUCUCUAGCUGCCAAUGCUAGAAUUGAGGCUAUGCAGUAUGCCGAGAACGAGGAGGCAGCUAAAAGAUUAAAGUUAAUGUUGAAAGAGGAAGGCUCACCUGAUAGCACAAAUAACGGGAUUGACCAUGAGAGCAGAAAAAGAAAGGCAGAGGCUCCAAUAGACGUUGAUUCUGACGAGGACCCCCCUGACGAAAUACGCUUGUUCGAGUCAGGUUGGAAGGAUCGUUAUUAUAGAGCGAAGUUCGAUGUUGGAGCAGAUGAUGUUAACUUUAGAAGAAAAGUGGCGUGGGCAUAUGUUGAAGGGCUCUGUUGGGUGCUCAAGUAUUACUACCAGGGAUGCGUUAGCUGGGAUUGGUACUUUCCUUAUCAUUAUGCUCCAUUCGCUAGCGAUUUUGACACGGUUGCACAGUUUAAGCCAGAUUUUUCCCGUCCAACAAAGCCUUUCAAACCGCUACAACAGCUAAUGAGUGUGUUUCCCGCAGCUAGCAAGCAACAUCUUCCUAUCCACUGGCAAAAAUUAAUGACUGACGAUGAUUCGCCUAUCAUUGACUUGUAUCCUAUAGACUUUCGUAUUGAUUUAAAUGGGAAGAAGUAUGCGUGGCAAGGUGUUGCUCUACUCCCAUUUGUGGACGAAGAUCGCCUACUCAAAGCACUCGAA